CUCUUAUCCAGUAUAUUGUCAGUUGACAAACUGUCGAAUACUGACUCUAAUUUCUCUGCCUGGCCUUCAUCAAAUUUCGACAAGGCGUUUUCCAAUUCAGUAUCUUUACUCGAGGAUGCUCCCAUUAUAUAUAGUUUUAUAUUGUAUAUUUGCUCACUUUUAUACAGCUAGAAGUGCAAAAGAUCUACGCAAUUUUACGAAAACAACAAAAAUAUGAAAUGCAAUUAAAAAUUAAUGCUGAUUAAUUAUUCUACAAUAACAAAAUGACAAAACUCAAAAGUGAAGGAGGGAGGAAGGUUAGGGUAACCUGCGAUCAGGCCUUUCUCGUUCGAUGUAAAUCGUGAGAUUCGAGUCUUGUUUUCGUGCUCUUCCGUGCGCGUUCGGUAUCUGCGUGGCCCUGGCGUGGCCUAUUCUAUGGCUCCGUUUACACUGUACCGGAUUGCUAUCGGAGUGGGUCAAAUUUUGUAGGUAUCGAAAGGCUGUGAAGUUUUUUAAUCUCAGAGACCCAAAUAAACAUGCCAAUUCUGUCAAACUAAUAAGCAUUUGCUACUAACCAUUGCUCCGUAACGGCAAAAGAAGAUGUCGUGACCAGCGAAUCCGGUACAGUGUAAACAGGGCCUAUGUCUAGCGUGUUCAGUUGUAAACAUACAAAUGUAUUAAAUUUGCAUUUGUAAACAAAUGUAAAGCGAAUUGUUUUUCAACUUUUUUGCCAUCAAAGUAGAUCGGUAAAACAAGCAGCCCAACAGUGAACAUUCCUCAGUUAUCUAGAGUUAUUUUAUGUAAUAAUUUCUCGAAAAUGCGUGGAAAAAUGCAAGAUAUUGUACAAUUUGACAACAUCGUUCACCCGUCGAAUAAUCGAAUGACGUAAAAUCGGACCAUAUGGCAUGACCAAUGGGCAUGACUCGUUUAUAUUAUAUCUGCACGUGAAAUUUAAAUUGAACCAUGACAAAUGAGAAAUUUAAAUAAAAAAAGAAAAUCUAAAAUCCUGCAAGAGUUAAUAUUUACCUGGUGUUAAACACAAAAUGGCGAUGCUUCAAAAUUUAUUGCGGAAAUGGACCCCCUACAUCUGUCAAAAUGCAGGACAAUUUUCAUUGAGAGCUAGAAACAAGAGUACUUUCAAAACAGCCUUGAAACACAAGCAUUACUACAGAGGCUUGUCAGCAAUUGUGUUUGGAGGUUGUUCGUGUUAUAUGGUAUAUAAUAACAAACUUUGGACUCGCGAAGGAAGGAGAAUUUUUUUUGUAAAAUUGGGAGGAAUUCAACGAUUUUUAAGGUGAGAAAUGGAACUCGAUACUUGGUAUUACUUGCAGCAAUUAAAACAUUAACUUUAGUGUUUAUAUCGACAAUAUCCAAAACUUAUUAAAAUUCUUGCAUAUUACAUAUUUAUACUUAAUACUGUACAAAUGUAUGGUUUCUUUUAUACAGGACAUUUAAAAUUGGCUUGUCAAUAUCUCUGGACUAUUGGUGGACAUUAAGAGGCUUGGCAAUUGUAAGAAUAUAUCAUUGUUGUAGUUAUAUAUCACACUAAAUAAUUUCAUUUUGGUCUGACUUAAAAACUCACAGGCAUUCAUUGCAGGGGUGAGGUUGAAUUUUAGGGUAUUAACAGUUAUGACACUGGAUGUCAAUUAAGUUUAUUAUCACCUGCAAUGAACGCCUGUUAUUCAAACUCUGUCACUUUUACAAGUAUAAAAUCAGUUGACAACAGAGUAGUGAGGAGAAAUGUGUCAAGGCAACCCCCCCCCCCCACAAUGAUGAUGAAAAUGAUCUGAUGUAAGAUUGAGUAAAAGAAUGGUGAAUUAGGACCCACUGCAAUUUAGAUUGUAGAUUGGAUUGGAUUUUAAUUUCACAUCCCUUAAAAGGCUUUUCAGCGAAAUUUUACAUAAUUGAUCUAAAUUUUUAUACAGCAUAAUAAUAGAGACACACACAUAACAACACACAGUCGCACAACACACACACACACUGUCACACACACACACACACACUUGGUAUUACUACAUAAAUAUAUAUGCUAUUUACAUCAAAAUUUCUUAAGAUUGGUCCUAAAUUUAAAUGAUUCUACAAGUCUCUGUUUUAAAAUACGUUUGAAGUCUUUCGUUGUUUCACAGGCCCUAAGUUCUGGUUUUAAGGAAUUCCAAAUUGUGGCCAUUCUGAAUUUGAAGGAUCGUUGCCCAGUUGCUGUUCUGUGUAAAGGAGUUUCAAUCAUGCUCGAGUUCCUAGUAACGCGAGAGAAUUUGGUUACCAGUUAUGGAAGACUAAUUACUUCAUUGGAAGAUUUUAUUCUAAGGGACACCCAAGUUGUUCAUACAUGUACAUUGAUAGCCUCAACAUGCCAAGAACGUCUGCUUGCCACUUAUUUGCAUUCUUUGCAUUUUGUAGGAUAGCGAAGACUAUAAAGAACUAAUUGAAACAUGUCAUCUAAGAUCAGCACAGGCUAUAAUGUCUGGAUCUUUAUUCAAUGGAGGUUUAUAUAUCAAGCUGUGUCAAGGGCUUGCUGCCAUGAAUCAUAUUUUACCCAAGGCAUAUACGGAGACAUUGAUUCUUUUACAAGAUCAGGUAUAGUAUGUUGAAUUAAUUAUGAAAGCUGUCCACCUCAGAGCAUUUAAUAAAAUAAACUUUUUUGUCUUGUCCAUUGCAGGCUUUGACAAGGAAAGCAGGAGAGGUAAUAAUUUUUUUAUAUUUUAUAAAGGUCAAUCUACUUAACAAGACGCUCAUAAGAGCGUUAACUUGCUGGGGUGAUACGCAUAUUAGAUGGUACUACAAUCGCGACGUUUGGGAUACUAGUCCAAUGGGUUUGAUUUCAAUUCCACCAUGGUCAGGCAAACUUUUCAGCUUGCCCAGUGUGUAUGCACACUCAGAGUAACAAUUGGCAGGAGCUUUAUGGAUAAUUUGGGUAAAAAUUGGGCGAGUAACUAGUAGACUAAACCGCACUAAAUUUAUUUAUGCUGGACAGCUCUAUCAGUUCUAAAUUGUGUUAUUACAGGAAUAUACCUCAAUCUCAUACAAUAUUUUUGUGUUUAUAAGGUGGAUGCUUUAUUCCUGGAAGAUUUUGGUAAAACUCCACUGGAAAUGUUUAGUUCCUUUGAAUAUGAGCCCAUAGCUGCGGCUAGCUUGGCACAGGUACACAAAGCAGUCACACACGAUGGAGAGGAAGUUGCUGUGAAGGCAAGUGACUGACAUCAAGAUUUUGGCAUCUCAAUCGAUAGAUCUAACAUUUGAAGGAUUUUUAUAGAUGGGAAUUUUGAGCGAUACAAUUUGAGACCUGACCAGCUGGCAGCAAUCGAACCUGUGGUCCAACCAACUGAGUGCACCACUAUAAUCAACUGAGCUACAAAGUCCAGUUGUUGAGCUCUAACCACAAGUUCUUCUAUUUUACUCUGUCUAACGCUAGAUGAUUUUACUCAUCACCCUGUUAAUAACCCUUUAAGUGCCAAUGAGCCCAGAUGCACCCCUCUUUAUUAUUUUACUUUGUCUAACGCCAGAUUAUUUUACUCGUCAGGAGAAGAGUGCUGCCACUCAAUGGGUUAAAGCUCAACAACUGAACUCUAUUAGACUAUUAUCUAACUAAAAAACUGACUGUGCACAUGUUUUUAAAAUUACUUUUACACAGAUGCAGUAUAUUGAUUUAAGAGAUCGCUAUUCUGGUGACUUGUGGGCAAUAAAUAUUCUGUUGCAAUUGAUUGGUUUUAUGCAUCCAUCAUUUGCAUUUUCAUGGAUAUUCGAGGUAGGUGAAAACCUGUGAAGUUGCUGUGUUAAUGAAAAGAUUCUGAAAUGUGAAUUGGUGUGUAUAGGAACUGAAACACAAGUUAGUGGAAGAACUGGAUUUUGAGCAAGAAGGUGAAAAUGGUGAGAGAUGUUAUCGAGAAUUAAAGCAUCUUAGUUUUGUCACUGUGCCAAGGAUUAACUGGGAUAUGACGACCAAGGUAAGAGUAAAGAUGAGUGACGUGAAAAUAGCCAUUCAGACUUCUGAUAGGUAUGAAUUUAUUGUUGCAGAGAGUGUUAACAGCGGAAUUUAUUCAUGGAUGUCGUGUUGAUGAUGUUGAAGCAAUGAAAAAGAUGGGAGUUGAUGUCGAUGAUGUAAGAUAUUUGCAUACAGUAUUUGUGAUGCAGGGAGAUCAGGACUUGAAUAGCAAGACUCUGUUUGUUUAGGUUGCUCGAAAACUUGUCAUCACAUUUGGCGAACAAAUAUUUGGUUCUGGAUUUAUCCAUGGGGAUCCACACUCGUCCAACAGUAAGCAUUUCUAUUAUUGACUGAAUUCAGUGCUAAUUGUCUUAAUCACAGGGAACCCUCCCCCCCCCCCCAAAAAAAAAGUAGAUUCUCAAAUCUUCCCCAGAAUAGUGCAGAAAAUGUCAUUUCAGAAACUCCAUUGGGGUGUGGGGGGAUGCCUCCUGACACCCAGAGAACUUUUGUCUAUCCCCUCCCCCAACCCAACUGAUAUCUAAUCUGAUAUUUACACUAAUUCUAACUAUAAAUAAAAAUGUUAUAUUUUCAUUUGACGUUUUUUGAAGUAUUUGUGCGUCCUGGAUCCGAUGGCAAAGCUGAAUUAAUUAUCCUUGACCAUGGUUUAUAUCAACCUUUGGAAACAAGGUACUUUGUCUUGUUACUAGAACACAGUCAACUCUGUAAUUGCAUAUUUAGAAUGGAUGUUUCUUGUUUCAGAGAUCGACUUAAUCUUUGUAAUUUAUGGAAAUCAAUUGUGUUGAAUAAGCAAGAUGCAAUCAAACAUUAUGCACGAAAACUUGGGGUUCAAGGUACGGAACUGAUCAAGAAGUCGUAAUAAAAAAACUGAUAACCUGUUUUCAGAAUCAUUGUCAGUAAUAAAUCGUACUACUUCAAGCUCGCAAAUGGAUUUCGCCAUUUAUGCAAAUUUUCACUUGUUUAGAUUACAAAGUGUUGUGCGAAAUUCUGCUUCAAUGUCCGUUCCGAUGGGAUUCGUUAGGUUCGCUGUUGUCAGGCCGAAUGAGUCGCGAAGACCUGCAGUACAUGACAGCUCAAGCACGAGACGAGUUUGAUAAAGUGAUGACAGUCUUAAAACAAAUGCCUUCGUCUCUUUAUAUUGUUAUCAGGUAAAAUAUGUGACACAAUAUACACUAACUUUCUCAUUAAUUAACUAACUUUCUCAUUAACUAACUUUCUCGUUAACUAACUUUCUCGUUAACUAACUUUCUCGUUAACUAACUUUCUCGUUAACUAACUUUCUCGUUAACUAACUUUCUCGUUAACUAACUUUCUCGUUAACUAACUUUCUCGUUAACUAACUUUCUCGUUAACUAACUACAGUAACGAAGUAACUACAGUAGCUAGGCAAUUAACUAACUACCUACCUACACACGUAAAAAUCUCGCAACUUGUCAACAAGAUGUGUUCGCAACAGGCUCGUAGCAAACUUGUCAACAAGUUGUAAUAAUGCUGUUAUUUUACCAAGUUGCUACAAGGUUGUCGCUCACAACUUGUUGACAAAUUGUUGAAUUGCGGGAUGAUAACAAGUUGUUGGAACAACUUGUAACAAGUCUAUGGAAGUCUGUUGAACUCAACAACCUUGUAGCAAGUUGUUGACAAAUUGUUUGAACAGCAUUGCUACAAGUUUGCUGCAGGUUUGUUACAACUUGUGCGUUUUUACGUGUGUACCUAGUGAAAUCCAUCUUCCAAAUUUGAUGAUAUUUUUCUUUCAACUGCAGGAAUCUUAAUACAAUCAGAGCGAUCAAUAAAAAGUUAGGAGAUCCUGUGGAUCGUUUUGUUAUCAUGGCUCACUCGUAAGUGGAAAUAAAGGGAGAACAAACUACAACAUUGCAACCAUGGCAAAGCUGAUUUCCGAUCUACGCAUAAUAAUAAAAUAUGUUACAACACAUGGCAAACAACUUAGAAAGCGUAUUGAAACCUUGCACCUAUUUGUUGCAGCUCUUUUGUUGCUUGUAUUAUAUUGCCUUGAACCACAGAUGUUUAAAACAUCGUGUUAAUUAGGUUAACUGCUCUGUACUGUACAUUGUGAUAGUAAUAUUCUCGUGAAUGUUUCAGAGCUGUGUCUGGCGCAAGGUCCGCAGUGAGGAAGAGGACCUGGUAUACCAACUGCACGGCGACCAUGGCGUCUUGUUAUCUUGAACUACGAAUAAGGUGCGUUUCUCACAGCUUGUCAAAUCUCAC